AUGUCAGAAAAUAACACCCUGGCCCUUGACGUCUUCCCAACAGCGACCAUCGCCCCCGUCUCGUCGUUCAUAUUCUCUGGCUUCCUGGAACACCUGGGACGAUGUAUCUAUGGAGGCAUUCUCCCCGCCGGUCCGACCAAUUUUCCCUACACGCCGCGUAAUCCAUGCCCCAAAGAUCAAUUUGUCGAGACUCCGAAGGAACUACUAACUGAAGAAGGUUUCCGAAAGGAUGUCUUGGAAGUGCUUCGAGACGAAUUGGAGACGCCGAUGGUGCGAUGGCCGGGAGGAAACUACGUGAGCUCCUACAAGUGGGAAGACGGCAUCGGUCCAUUGGAGCACAGGAAGAAGAGGCCCGAGUUAGCAUGGGGUGGUGAAGAGAGCAACGUCUUUGGUACAGACGAAUUCAUAAAGUGGUGCCGCGUGGCCAAGAUAGAGCCCUACAUUAUCCUUAACAUGGGGACGGGGACACUAGAGGAAGCAUUACACUGGAUCGAAUAUUGCAAUGGCACCGGGGAUACAUAUUAUGCGAACCUUCGGCGCAAGAAUACUGGCAAGGAUGAGCCUCAUAACGUGAGGUAUUGGGGUCUCGGAAACGAGGUAUGGGGAGAGUGGCAGGUCGGACAACAGACUGCCUCUGCAUACGCGACGAAAGCACGCCAGUGGGCGCACGCUAUCCGCCUCAUUGAUCCAACUGUCAUUCUAAUUGGCUGCGGUGAGACGGGGUUGAACCACUGGGACGGUGUUGUACUAGACGCUCUUGUAGACAAAGUUGACUUGCACAGUAUUCAUUUGUAUACUGGUUUUGGGCCGCGAGACAGAUCGCAGAUCGAGAAGGAGUACGGGCGCAGCGUAUACGGACCGGACGCGGCUGAAUAUUCGAUAGAGAUCUGUAAAGGGCAGAUAAACAAAGCGCGAGUCGCGAAGAGUGUGAACAAGCCUAUCAAGAUCGCGUUUGACGAAUACGGCGUGUGGGACGAGACAGUCGGCACGCCAGAGAACGGGCUGGAGCAAUUCUAUACCCUCGCAGAUGCACUGGCGAUGGCAUCCUGGCUGAAUGUAUUUGUGCGCCAGGCAGAUAUUGUCGAGAUUGCCUGUGUUGCACAGAGCGUCAACGUCAUUUCGCCAUUGAUUACUAGCCCAAACGACCUGUUUCGACAAACAAUAUACUGGCCUUUGUGGCUCUUCUCGAAGUAUAUGCGCGGCGGAACCUCCGUCCGGGUUGCCCUCUCGUCGCCCGUAUUCAUGGGCGAAACGCUGCCAACGUGGAUUUCCACAGUUAAAGGGCGACCUACAGAACUUGACGCGUCCGCCGUGGUACACACCUCGAACUCGGGGAAGAAAAGCGUGAGGAUUGCGGUGGUGAAUCGUAGCGAGCGCAACAGCUACGAGACUCCCGUGAGAGUCGCCUUCUCAAACGUUGUGAAGGAAGUUGAGGUACAUGAGCUAUGGCAUCCCCGCAUAGAGGCACGAAAUGGUUGGGGAAAUGAGAAUGAAGUAAGCGUGACGACGAAGAGAGCACCAUGGAAGGGGAAGUGGACGUUCCGGAUGAAUUCGUUAACACUACUCGUCUUGGAUAUUGAGCAAUACAUGGACAACGUUCCCGUCGAACUAUGGAUGCGCAUUUUUUCCCUUGCCUGCACAGAUGACGGUUCCACCGGUCGGUCGCUCUCCCUCGUCUCCCGACUUGUUCGGGAUAUAUCUCGCUCAUACUGCCUGCAGAGUAUCGCUCUAAGCGGGAGGGAACAACUCCACACUUUUGCGGAGAUCCUACGGCGCACAUCGCCUGAACACCGUCGCAUACGUCACUUGUUCAUUGCCGACUCUCGCCCGCCGCGCAAAAUGCUCGCAGCCUUUGGCAAUUUGUCUGCCCUGGGAAACGAGGAGCUCAUUCGUGUUCUUACUCUUUACUCGCUCAGUUUCGAGGAAGAGCAGGCCAUAUGGCGAUGGCUUAGUCCAGAAGUUAAAUCUGAGAGAGCUGAAAUCCUCGAUCGUUCCAGGAAAGCAUUUGUUCACGAUCUGGAAUACAUCUUGCAGUCUGUAGCGCCCACUGUAAGGACUCUCACGACACACGGGCCCUCGUGUUCGUAUCUACUCAAGAGCAAGUUCCCCGAGCUCGAGGAACUUACUAUCCUCGGUUUUGACGUCGAUCUUCAGCGUCAGACCCUUCUCACAACGGAUCUGACCCAGUUUCCCUUUCUUAAGCGCCUCCAUUUGGUCAACAACUCCGAGCAUUUCAUAGAAUUCGUGCAAAGAGCCCCCCAGAUCACUCAUCUCCGCAUUACUGGGUUGUUCCAUUUGGGCCAAGACGCCCUAGAUGCAUUAAGCAUUGCUCUUCAUAUCCCUCCAGACCAGGCCGCUGCCCCGAUUACGCCGCCUAAUUAUCUCCCUCAAAUCAAACGGAUCAUCAUUGAACCUCCAACUUCCUUCGUCAAUUCCUCGCACUUUCGCCGGAUGAAGAGCCUUCGGAGGCUAGCACAGAAUAAGAAGCUGACCCUUAUUCGACCUGAUAUUGAGACAACCCUGGCGUCGUAUACAUGGAGUGAUGCAAAAUGUGACUGGCUUUGGCGAAUUGAGGGGAGAAAAGGGUGUUGGAGAUUAGAUCGAUUGGGAGUGGAUCGCAACCCCUCGACGGCGAACAGACGUUCGCCCCACGACUCAUGA